UUGUUUUUUGGUUGUUUGUUUGUUUGUUUGUUUUGCCGAGUACAGGUCGUGCUGCAAUUAGUUCAUUGAAAACUCAGUUGCUCUCUGAGCGCUCGGGCAGAGACUGCUUUCGGCUUUUUUUCUGCUGAUUGUUAAGAUCUCCUGUAGAGAGCUGCAACAAUGCCCAAAAGAAAGGCUGCCAGUCAAGAUGGUACCAGGCAGGAGCCAAAAAGAAGAUCAGCCAGACUGUCUGCUAUGCCCGUGCCCAUUACACCAGAGUUGAAGCCCAAAAGAACAUCGAUUACAAAGAAAAUGAAGACAGAACAUGAUACGAUGGAAAAAAACACAGAUACAAGUGCCAAAGCAAUAGCUGAAAACAAGAAAGAAGUCAUUAAAGAAGAAUAUAGUGAUGAAAAUGGAGAAGCCAAAAUUAUGGAGGCACCAGCUCCUGAAAAAGAACUUGAGGAAAUGAACGAAGAAAAAAAUGAAGAUGUUGAAGGAGAGGGAGUAGAAAAGAAUGAAGCAGUGUCACCAGCAAGAAAAGAAGAUGAGAGAUAUCAGAAAGGAGAUGGAGAAGAUCAAUACAAAAAAGAAGAGAAAGGAGAAGAUGGGCAAGAGAACAAAGAUAGAAAAGGAAAAGAAGAUAGAAAAGAGGAUGAAGAUAGGAAAGAAAAAGAAGAGGGAAAGGAGGAAGAAGACAAAAAAGAGAAAGGAUAUGAAAAAAGAGGUGAAGAUGGAAAAUGGAAAGAAGAUAGCAAAAAGAAAGAAGAAGAAAGAGAGAAAGGACAUGAAAAAGUGGAUGAAGAUGGAAAGGGAAAUGGAGAAGAUAGCAAAGAAUUGGAAUGUGAAAAAGACAAAGGAGAAGAAAAACUGGGAGAAGAAAGAAAAAAGAAUGAAGAUGAAAAGGAGAAUAAAGGUGGAAAAGAGGAUGAAAUUGGAAAUGAAGAAGAAGAUGGAAAUAAGCAAGAAGGUAGAAAAGAGAAAGGACAAGAUGGAAAGGAGGGCAAAGAUGGAAAAGAGGAAGAUGAAACAGAAGAAAAUGGAAAGGAAGAUGGGAAAGAUGGAAGAGAUGGAAAGGAAAAUAAGAAGGCUAAAUUGGGAAAGGAAGUAGCUGAUAAAGAAGAGGCCAAAAAAGAUGAAAAAAAAGGAGAAUCUCAGAAUAUUGUUUAAAGCUUCCCUAUAUAGUUUCAUAAUUUGGUAAUAUGUGCCUCCAUGUUGUAAUGUUAAUAGAGAUGAAUAUUUUUUAUCAAAUAUUUUAUAAACACAACUUUUCUUUAGCAUCAAUGUAAUUUCAGAACAUCUUCAUGCUGAUUAUUCAUCACAAAGUAGCUAACAUGAAACCUUUUUACAUUUUGUGAUUAUAAUAGUGGAAUAUAUAAAAAUAUUCUUUCAACUUUUUGAGUGACUUUCCUUUUGUGUAAGUUAUGUAUUAAAUCUGUGAAUUUUAAUUUUACUUGUAUGUGAUCAAGUCACAAUGUGGGGAUAUCAUGAAAGAUUGUUACAACAUUCUUAUGGUUCUCUAGGUUGUUUUUAUAAAAAAUAAGUGAACUAUUUUCUGUAAUGCAAAGAGUUAGAAUUCUUUCCCAAAAAUAACUUUACUAACAGCUUGUGAACAAAUAAAAUUGUAAUUCCAUUUUUAAAAGAUUUACACAUUUUUUUUCAAAAGGGCAGUUCUGAUUAUACAUGUAUCCACAAAAUUUUACUGGGUUGAUCUUAAUAAAAAUUCUCUUCAAAAAUAAUUGUAGUUUUUUAUAUCUCUAAAAAUGUAGUUAGUGAAAUAUUAUAGCAUUUAAUUUUUUAUAUUGUGAUAUUCAUAAAAGAAUUUAAAAGUUGUUUUGCACUGAGAUAAAAUUAACGUAAAAUUUACCAUUUUAACCAUUUCCAAUUCGGUGGUUUUUAGUACAUUCACAAUGUUGUGUGAUUACCACCACUACCUAAUUCCAGGACAUUUUCACCCAAAUAAAAACCAAAGUGCCAAUUA